CAAAGUUUCAUCAGAUAUAUAGUUACUGUGACUAAACACACUUGCACUUGAGUAUAAACACGGAAAACGUGUAUAUGCAUGCAGUAUAUACCGUCUCAAUACAUGAACACCCAAAGACACUGAACUUCUUAUCACCUUUACAUUUGAAGCACGCUGGCUAGUGACCAUGUUGCUGUUGCUGCUGGGAGCAGCCUCGGUGCUGCUGGUGGUGUGGUGGCUAUUUCGUGAUGAUCCCCAAAAGCUGUUUGGGGUCUACAGCCAACCCGGCAAGUUCUAUCACAUCAAAUACGCGUUCUUCUACUGCUUAUACACGCUGCGCCAGUGGAGAAACAAACGUGAGCAGAAUGUAAUUGGGCAGGCUGGGUACGGCAGGAGGUCACGAAGCACGCCUGCCCAGAUGGAAUGUACACAGCCACUCUCGAACAACCCUAAGGCCAUUGAUGCAGUUUAUUUCAAUGCAGCCAAUAAGCAAGGAUGUUAUCUUGUGGCGGCCACGGCUCGACGGCCCAACAAAGUCAUAAACGGCUUUAUCAUGAUGAAGCUGCCAAACAUAGGGCUCCUAUUGAGUACCAAGCUACCUGACACCAUCUUGCAUGCAGAGGAGGACAUGACGUUUGGCGCAGAAGGUUUGACAAUAAAGCCAUUGGAACCAAUGAGAAAGUGGAAACUUCUUUUUGAUGGACCGAUGAGGCUAAGGGGGGAGGAUCGCACAUUAAACGUGAUCGUGGACCUGGUCUGGGAGAGCACCCUGCCAUAUUUUGACUUCGACACGGAAUUGCACCCCACUUUCAUCUGUCGCGGUAUCGCUCGCGAGCCAUGGAGUGGCACAUUCUUCAAAGACCUCGAGGAGUCUCACCAGACGCACUAUGAGCAGUUUGGGUGGCUUCGUGGCACCAUCACCGUGGAGGGCUUUGCUCCACAAAAGCUCAUCAUGGGCUCCAUGAGAGAUCACUCCUAUGGCAAGAAGCGCGAGUGGAAGUACCUGCAUCGUUAUGCCUUUCACAUGGUGACACUGGAGGAUGGAACACAGUUUAACGUUGGGGUCGUUUCUCAGCCCAUCACCACUUCUGUUUUGGAGAUGGGCUACUUGUACACACCGGUUGGAGAGAUGCAUAGCGUGAACUGGACUGACUUCGAUCUGGCCUACCAUGGCGAAGGGGGGACCCCACCCUCGGAUUACGGAUUCCGCUUCCGUGCAGGUGGGAAGCUGUACAAUGUGCAGUGCCUCGUGCAGGACGUCUCGGAGUUCUACAUUGGCUUCGAGUGGGAGGCUCGCAUUGUGGAGAGGCUGUGCCUCUUCAUCGUUAACGGAAAGCGCGGCUGGGGCAUCUCCGAGUGGCAUUAUCGGCAUCAUGGCGGACGUCCAAAAGAGUAUUCUUCAACAGACCCUCAGUAGGGAGGUGUGAAGAUGAAAGAUACAUGGAUCCAUGAAAAAAACUGAUGCCUCACUUAAUUAUUUUUGUGCUGUAAUUAUUUUACAAUUUUGACAAUACAAUAUAUCAGUGUUGUGAGAGAUGUUUACCUGUAAUGAAUUAAGCACAACAUGAAUAGCAAAUAAUUAAGCAUUGUAUUGAAAUGCAUUGCAUUUAGAUUGACAAAUGUAAACUUACUGAAUGCUGCAUUUGUUUGAGUAUAUUCAUUGUCUAAAAAAAAUGGAGAAAAGGUUAAUUCUAUCUCAACAUAUUACUUCGUAGAAGUAAAUCAACACGACAUGCUGCUUCGUUGUUAAAACAUUUAUGUGCUGUCAUCAAGUCAAACAUGAACGAUGCAUUACAGUGCAAUAAACACAGGCAGUUCGUGUAAAAUAACCUACUUUGUAAGUUUCCAAAAAAAAGUGCAUCUUUGAGUCUCUAUAUAUGCCACACAUCAAUCACGCACAUUGAUGAUUGUUAUGGCCACAAUUCACAAUUUCGAUACACAGUACUUAAGCUUAAAUCACAGCACGUGAAGGGGUGGGUUCAAGAAGUGAGCAGGUCACUCAUGAGUGGCACUCAAAUCGCUUCCUCCAGCCCUGAUGCACUUUUGCUUGCAAAGGCGUAGCAUGAUUGGCAUGGGCCCUGGAGCAAGGUAUAAAAUGGAGGCCCCUGUUAAACCCUUUCCCAUUCAAAGACGUCUGCAAUUUGCAGGAUGGGUGUCCCGUUCUCCACCGAAUCACGGAACGUCCAAGCAGUUCAGCGUUCAUUUUAUUUAGAGGCGUAGCGCCAUUGUUUUUUUUUUAAGAUAUUGUACUCACCACAGAGAACUACAGUGACACAAACGCAUUUUAUGAUAGCUGGUACCAAACUGUGCCACACCCCCUUCCGCAUGGCAUUUUACUUCGGGAAUCGGAAGUAAAACUGAUGAUUGUACAUGUACGUCAUCGGAAUGGGAGAGGGUUCAUUUCCAUCCUCUACAUAACCCAGUAACUGGGGACCCUCUUGCCUGCGGGCCCCUGUGCAGCUGCACUCAAUAGUUCUACAACUACUUGCAACUUCUGUAAUCAUUUCUCAUGGCCCUUCUCCAAUAUCUCUGGCACACAUUAAUAAUACAAGUUUAUAAAGACACGAGAGGAAAUACUUUUACAGUCCGUUAAUGUGUCACACAUUCACUUACAAUAUAAUGUGUACGGUAUAAAACCCAAGUCAAGGCUUGGAAGAAUAACGUGUCUAGACAUUGGCAAAUUAUUAGCAAAAACACCAUGACAAUUUAAGUGACAUCAACAAUUAAGCAAGACAAUGUUUUGGAUAAUGCAUUGAAUAGGACUUAGGGAAUAUUAGUGAAGGACUGUUGAGAAAUAUUGAUCCUAGUUGUUUUCAUCACUGACCACACUUCACAACACCAGCAGAGUGAAGUGUGAUCAAACAACCCCCAUGACUAAAAUGGCAUAUGGAGGCCUUCAUUCAGGAGCGGAUUGAUGAAGGGCUGAACAUUACUGUUAUUGUAUGAUCAUGUAAAGCAAGUAUAACAAAAUGAUGUAUCUCCCUCCUUGCACCCCUCCACUCGAAUAAACUUCCCCUCUAUAUUAA